AUGAAUAUCAUAGAAGAUGGAGGGAUAGGUCCUUUAUUGGUUGAAAAGCAUGAGAAAUAUUUUCGCCUAUGUAUGCAAUCGUUGCCAUCUAAAGCACAAUCAGAAGAUUCAAAUCGAUUAUCGAUAAUAUAUUUUUGUUUACAUGGAUUGGACAUACUAGGUAAAUUAGACUUGACUGAAAUUGAAAAGAAAGAUUAUGCUGCACAUGUGUAUGCACAUCAGAUUGUAGAUCCAUCGGGAGAAAUUCAAUCGUUCAGACCGAGCCAAACAUUCAAACUAACUACCAGAGAAAAGAAUUAUGACUUGCCCAACUUAUCCGCUACAUUUUUUGCAUUGGUCAAUUUAUUAGCUUUAGAAUCGGACUAUUCCAAGGAGCUAGAUAGGCACAAAAUAAUGAAAUUUGUAAGCAAAUGUCAGGUUACUAGUGGGCCAAAUAAGGGAGCAUUUAAGCCUGUUUUAGAUAAAAACAGUGAUCCAUUUGGCGAAAUUGACUUGAGGCAUUGUUAUAUUGCGGCUGGUAUUAGGAAACUAUGUAAAUAUGAUGAAUUACCGGUAAGCGAUAGGAUAAAUGACAUUAAUGAGCAAGAUUUAAUUAGUUUUGUCCUAAAGCAGGUUAACUUUAAUGGUGGCUUUAGUUCAAAUAAAUUCACAGAAUCACAUUCGGGAUUAACCUUCUGUGGUAUUGCUACUUUAAGAUUGUUGGAAUAUGACUUUACCAAACACGCUCUGUGGGUUGAUAUAACCAGGAAUUGGCUUGUACAUAGACAAGUUGAUUACUCAUCUCCAGUGUAUAAAGAACUUUCUUAUGCAUACUGGGUGGAAGAAGAUACAGGUGGCUUCAACGGGAGAGAAAAUAAAUUCAGUGAUACUUGUUAUUCAUGGUGGUGCUCAGCUAGUUUGAAACUAUUGGAUUCUAACGGAUUACAUCUAAUUAACACCAAACAAUCGAUUCAAUAUUUAUUGAAUGAAACUCAGAACUCAUUAUUGGGUGGUUUUGGAAAAGAUUGCGAAUCAUUUCCUGACCCUUUUCAUUCAUUCCUUGGAUUAUCUUCGUUAUCAUUAUAUAAAUCCUUUCAGAAGUAUAAUUAUAGGGGAGAGGAAUGUAUACAGGAGAUCGACGAAGCAUUAGUCAUUACUAAAAGACUGAGAGAGUUCUUCAACUCCCAUAUUCAAUUCUAG